AGUACGAUUCGCUCAAAGAAGGCGUCUUUUCAUCUGACCACAUUUGUUUUCAUUUGACGAGUCGUGGCUGAGCCGUUUACUUCUACCUUACUCGUGCAAAGAUGGAAGCUGCGCAAGAUCAAAAGGCGUUCCAGAAGCAGCCUAUCUUCAACAAUGCUAAAGUGAAGACGACCAAAAAGGCGUCGAGCAAAGCCAAGCGAUGGUAUAAGGAUGUCGGCCUCGGCUUCAAGACACCGCAAGAAGCCAUCAACGGCACUUACAUCGACAAGAAGUGCCCGUGGACUGGCAGCGUCUCCGUUCGCGGUCGUAUUCUCUCUGGCGAAGUGAUCAAGACAAAGAUGACACGAACGAUUGUCGUGCGCAUGAACUACCUGCACUUCAUCCCAAAGUACUCUAGAUACGAGAAGCGACACACGAACAUCCCUGUGCACUGCUCGCCAGCAUUCCGAGUAGAAAUUGGCGACACCGUCACCGUCGGCGAGACCCGCCCGAUCUCAAAGACCGUCAGAUUCACCGUGCUGCGAGUCUCCAAGAACAAGGCCGCCGCCAAGGCGUUCAGGAAGUUCUGAGAGAGCCCAUCGCGAGAGAGAUGUACUCCA